UAUGCAGAUCUGAAGCUCUGAGCACUACUUUGCUAAAGUUAGCUUUAAGACACCAUUAGACAAGCGAAAAUACACUUUUAAAAACUUUGAACUGCCACAAUGAAAAUUCUGCUCCUGUUAACUAGUGGACUGCUCUUCCUGUCCUCCAGUUUAUGCCAGAAAGAAAUCAAGUGCAACAGCAGCAGUUUGGACUGUCAAGGCAAUACAUCUCAUGUCAUCAAGACUUUUCGAGGCACCCAACAAGGCAAGCAUGAGGAAAUCCCUCUUUCUGCCCUAGAAGGCCCGACAAAGACCAGCCACAACGAACAAAAUGUGUAUUCUGUGGCCUCGGCACUGAAAGUAAACAAUACCACAAUGGAGUAUCUUACCAGCUCACUGAGCACAAAGCUGAUACCAGCUGUAUAUUUAACUGUUGUUUUAAUAGGGGUACCAUCAAAUGCCCUCACGCUAUGGAUGCUGUUUUUCAGAAUGAGAUCAGUUCGUACUGCUAUAUUCUACACAAACUUAGCUAUUUCAGAUUUUCUGUUCUGUGUUAUGCUGCCAUUCAAAAUCGCUUAUCACCUCAAUGGAAAUAACUGGAUAUUUGGAGAAGCAAUGUGUCGAAUUAUGACUGUGGUCUUCUACGGUAACAUGUAUUGUUCCAUUCUACUCCUCACCUGCAUCAGCGUCAGCCGUUAUGUAGCCAUUGUUCAUCCAUUCACAUACAGGACUUUGCCUAAGCAACAUUUGACAACAUUUGCCUGUGGGAUGAUAUGGACAGUUGUUUUCUUAUACCUAUUGCCUCUGAGCUUAAUGAAGCAAACUUAUUAUCUGGAUCAACUAAAUAUUUUUACUUGCCACGAUGUUCAUAGUGACGGUGAAACUGCAUCACCCUUCCAAUUCUAUUACUUCAUCUCUCUGGCAAUCUUUGGAUUUGUGAUUCCCCUCUGUAUUAUUAUUUUCUGCUAUGUUUCAAUUAUUCGAACACUCAAAGUUUACAAACAGAAGUGGCUCUGGUACAUCAAAGUCAGUCUCCUCAUCCUUAGUAUUUUUGCUGUUUGUUACACGCCAAGUAAUAUCAUACUGAUUGCUCAUCAAGUGAAUUACUACCGCAGUGCUAGAGACAAUUUGUAUUUUUUUUACCUUAUUGCUUUAAGCCUGAGCAGUCUGAACAGCUGCCUUGAUCCAUUUCUUUACUUCCUUACAUCCAAAGUUAAAGGAAAGACUAGUGCUUAUUUCACCAUGGUUAAAUAGCCCCGGAAGAAUGAGAGUAAUAGACUCAACAAAAUUGUACAUAUAUGUUUGUUCAUGAAAUAUUAUUUAAGAGUUGUAUUUUUAUAAUGGCCAAACUUUAGCAAUAUACAUGUAUUAUGGAUACAAGUUAUAAUUUGUGUAGUCAUCUAAAGAAUACAGUUGACUAAUUAGUGAGGCCUAAUAUUAAGUUAUGGGGCUGCAAGUUAAACACACUUGUUUCUUGUGUUAAACAUUUUUAUAUAUCACUUUCCCAGGGAAUAAAAAAAAAUAAAAAUAGACUUCUUAACAAUGGUAUCAUUAAAUUGUAAGUAUAUCCUCUUCAAUAGCUUAAAAAAGCAGCUACCCUGAAGUUUCACUAUUAUGCAAGUAGAUUUAAAAUGGCAACAAAAGUUAAUUGACAAGAAUACUGUGAAUUGUAAACUAGACAACUUAUACUACUUUAUUCCACUUCAAUCUAUAUGAUGUGCAACUGAUGCUGCUGAUCAGCAGAUUUGUAAAGCUUAUUUUCCAUUUUUAUGAUCUAUGGAUCAAUAAACUAACUCUGCUUUAAGCCAAACUAAAACUGUUCAAAAGCAUGUUGUAUAUUCUUUGCUGGUGCACCAGCCUCAAUUAAAAUCCUUUACUGUUAA